AUGGGAUGUAGACAAUCUAAGGCCAAUGAUCCAAAAGAACAAAAGUACACAGAAGAUGAACAAAAUGUACAAAAUGUAAAAAAUGUACAAAAUGUACAAAAUGAGAAAAAUGAAGAAACUGAAGUAGUUCAAAUAAAUGAGAAAAAAAGUGAACGUCCUAUAGCCAAAAAGAAACAACUAGAUGUGAAACCACCACCAGUUAAGGCUAUACCCAAAAUUGCUCCAAAGAAUAUUCAAAGAAGAGAUAAUUAA